AUGGAGGCCAUUAAUUCUUUCCCUCUUGAAGCGAUUCAUCCUCAGAAACAAGGCAUGGCCCUCGACGACUUCUUUGUCGACUUCCAAGUCCGGGCAAAAUUUCACACCGACACACACAGCUUUCAUGCUGUCCUUGACCUUGCCGUCGAAGCCAAAAUGGCCAAUAAGAUCUUGAGCCUGAGCAAGCCGCUCGAGGAAAUCAAGGCAGAAUUCCUGGAGUUCCAGGCAUUCAUCGACUCAAUUCUGCCCCCUCUUCCAUACUCCCAGAUCACUUGGAAGACGGUCUACAUCGCCGAAGGCAUUAUUGUCGAUGGUGAUGACGACGAGGACUACGAAGUUGAGGAGGGCUAUUACGUAGAUUGGUCGCAAGGCUCAAGCGCCAGCAGCGUCACUUCCGAAGGGCCCUACCAAGGCAACGCCUUCGCCAAGCUUGAACCUCCAAUCCUUCUUCAGUCCGCUGAACUGCCGCUCCUUACAACCUACAAGAACUCUCACGGCACCAAGGAGCGCUUGAUCAUCUUCUCGAAUGAGUUCUUCGAGGUUCGCAAGUCUCCUACGGCUGGCUGGGGCGCUUUCGCGACCAAGAAGCUGUACCAGGGCGACCAGAUCCUCGUCGAAAAGGCCCUCUACCAUGCCAUUUACGCAGAUGUGACCACGUCCGUAAGAUCUCUGCCGGAGAAGGAGCGCCUGGUCGCGAACGACAUGUUCGGUCACAAAGGCCGGGAUGGCGAGACUCACGAGGAAGCGGUCUGGAACACAAACGCCUUCGCGGCAUAUGUCCCAUCCAAGUCGGGUAAUAAGAGGAACAUGCCAGGUCUUUUCGCUGUCGCGGGUCGAUUCAACCACUCCUGCUUGCCCAAGAUUGACUACAAGUACCGUGCCAGUCACGAGUCACUCGUGUUCACUGUUAGGGCCUGGGUCAUUGAAGAGGGCGAGGAGCUGACAAUCUCGUACGGUCAAGAUCCCUCGGUGCUCUACUACAAGUACGGCUUCAUCUGCGAGUGUGGGCACUGCCGUCGAUUCGACCCGCGCAAGUCUGAGUGGUCUUAA